CACGUGAUGCAGACAGAAAACUAGUUGAGCGCGCGCAAACAACAUGCACGCCGCAAAAGUUUAGGUGCUGCUAACAUUAGCGUUAAAUUAACGCAACUUUGCGUGCGUUUAACUCGCAGUUAGGAGUAUAUGAGGCCGCAGGGGGCGUGUGUUACUAAACAUGGAGGUAUUUAAAGAGGAGACGGAGUUUACAGACAUCCGAAUGGUUCAAAGGGUUGUGGAUUUGUUUGAGAGUCGUCCUGGUUUUCAAAGGAUAGUAAGACUUGGCCUUAUUGCAAAUAUGGAUUACGAUGAUGAGCGAGGUGGUAAAGAUGAGGAUGAUUAUGGAACUGGCAAUUGGGCACAUGGUCAUAACAACUUCCAUGGAUACCCAAGGCUCUCUGACAGGAGUAGUGACAGAGGAUCAAGUGGGAACCAUACAAGGUCAUCCAGCUCUGUUUAUCAGCUUCCACGGCAUUACUACGCUUCAUCUUGUGCAGUUCCUCACCCACCCGCUGUAAAAGUUCAGGCAAAGGAGAGUGACUCUGAAAGAAGAGCCAGAUUAUUAGAAGAAGCGAAAAAAGGCAAAGAAAAGGCUCAGAAGAAGCGAAUUAAAAAGCAGAAACAGAAAGAAAGAAAACAGCUUGAGAGGUCGGAGAAGGAAGAACAGAACCCCAUUAAAGAUAAAGAGGAAAAAGAUGACGCACAGCAAUCUAAAGCAGACGAGAGCAAACCAGUUAAUGAUGAAUCCAGAAACGAUAUCAUUUCCAGUGUUAAACAGUUGGCUGCAGCAAAAGAUACAGACAGCAGUGACAGUAGUGAAGACGAAUCCAGUGAUGAAGAUAGCGACACCAAGAAUGAGUCGGGCGACUCUGAGGAACUGGACAUGACGAGUACAUUUGUGAGUAAAGCUGCUCUUAUAGCCCGGCGUAAAAUAGAGCAGAAGCCCAGGCCUGAGUGGAGAGAGAAACAAAAGACACCAGUCAAAGAACAACCUAAAACCGUCCCUGACAAACCUACUGAAGACCCGGAGGUUGAAAAGAAGGAAGCUGCCGCCCCUAGCAGCCCCACUUUGGAAGAUAAUGUAAAAAUAAGCACUAAUCUUGCAAUUAUUGGAAAUAGAUUUGCCAGUGCUGGAGACUUUAAUAUGGCUGUGAAGUAUUUCACGGAUGCAAUUAAGUACAACCCUACAGAGUAUAAGUUGUUUGGCAAUCGUUCCUUCUGUUUUGAAAAGUUGCAAGAAUAUGAGAAGGCGUUGACUGAUGCGGAGUUGUCUCUCAGCAUGUGGCCAGGCUGGGUUAAAGGCCUGUUUAGGCGGGGCAGAGCUUUGGCAGGUUUAAAGAGGUAUGGGGAGGCUGCCCAGGCCUUCAGGGAGGUUCUCAAACUGGACAGUUCAUAUGCAGAAGCUGCCCAGGAGCUGAUGCGGGUGCAGAUAACACAACUAAUGGAGUACGGUUUCACUCGGGAGCAGAGCUCAAAUGCUUUAAUUAUUCACGGGACCGUAAAAAAAGCGCUAGAGGUGCUGUCCAAAUUACACCAUCGACCUGGAGCUAUUCAAAAUGGCGCUCUCCAACCGGCUCAACUAGCAAAUGUCACCGGGAUCUCUCCGGUCCUUUCAGCCAUCACGAUCCCUGCUCAUCAUCCUCCUCCUCAGACCCACGAUGCACCACAAACAGCAUUUAAGAACAAAGCUUUAGGCCCAGCCCCGAAUAUGUCCAACAUCCAGAGUCAACCAAAGCCCAUUCCUUAUCAGGCCACGAAGACCAACAAUGAAGACCCACAGGAGCUGUUUCCAGUUUGGGUGGGAAACUUGGUUUACCCAGUAACUGAGUCCAUGAUAAGCAACGUGUUUAACAAGGUUGGGGUCGUCUAUAGUGUGAAGGUUCUGAUUUCCAAACGAUGCGCCUUCGUAAACUAUACAAAACAAGAGUAUUGUGAUGAAGCUAUCCAACGCUUGCAUGGCUAUGAGCUGAACGGCAUGAAGAUAGCUGUGAGGUACCCAGACAGGAUUCCUCCAGGCAUGGGCAUCUCCAGAGCUGCCCUCAAAGCUGAAGACCUGCAGGAUGAGAAUGUGGGGCAAAACGAGUACGGAAAUGCAGCUGGAAACCGAAGACCUUUUCGCCCUUACAGAUACGUCCCAGAAUACAGAGGCAAAUACUGAAAGGAAACGAGAUGCUUAAGAACAGGUCCAACUGUCCUUCUCAAUAAAAGUAUAAUCACUUAUACUUCCCAGUACAGAUUAAUCACUAGUAUCUACAGGGUUUUAAGGCUCCUUUUGAAGUAUUAGCAGUAUUUUUAGUGGACCACAGUGCUUAAUUGGUAGAUUUUUUUAAGAAGGAAUGUAAGUAUUAGUCACUGAAAAUGACCUAUUGAUCUAAAGAAAUGAUAAAGUUUUAUGUUUUUUGACUAAAGGUAAAAUCUAUGAGGUUUAUGUGAGCGGAUGAUACCAGGUAUUAUUAACAAAUGCUUCUUUAUGCCAAGCCAGUUAAAGCCUGACAGAUAUACUGGAUGAUACUGCAUUUUAAAUGUCAGUAUCCGGGAAAACCAGAGUUUAUAAUUUACAUAUUUCACUUAAGGUUUCAUUUUAAUAUCUGUCUGCAGUACAAGCUGGCAGAGCAGUACAGUAUAUCACAACUGAGUGAAAUGGCGGUAAGGUGUUCAAGAUAGUACACAAUUUAUAAAUAUAAUGAUUAUAAAUAUGUCUACAUGAGACUUUUUUAGUCCUAAUUUUUGGUAUUACCAUUAAGCUCCAGAAUCCACUAUUACAUGGGCUUUAAAAAUGAUUAAAGUUAAGAGACAUUUAUGGGUUUUUUUUACAGUUGAUGUACACACAGAUGCAGAAAUCAUUAGUACACUGUGUAGUGAUGUUGACUUUACUUACAUAUACAUGUGAACUUUACAAUAAUACAAGCGCCUCACAUUAUGGCCUGUAUCUAAAUGAUCUGUAAUCUAUAUUCAGAAUUAUCUUCACUAUACUUUUACAUACAAAUUGCAUCUAUAUCCUGUUUAAUUGUAAUCCACUAUAACAUAACAGUAAUUAUUUUAUAGCGUACUUAAUUAUGGUUUAUUGCUCAAUUGCAUCCAUAAAAUGAUUUAAAGUUACAGUUGUUGGUCACGGGGCGGCAUGUUUUAUUUUAUUUUAUUCAUGGAGUUUGUGUUCUUAAUUCAAGAAUUAAAGAUACUUUCAUAUUCUCA